CACGCUCAAUUGUUGGCGAUCUUGGGUCCGCUUCUCAGGUACUGUUCGUGGAGGGCUGGGGUAGGGGGAAGCUACCCCGCCACAGUCCCUGUCACGCGUGAAAGUGUACAUCGUCAUGGAACCAUGUCGUGCCCCUAUGCUUAUAAGAACUGCUUCCUUCCCCCUUCUUCUUUUCCACGUUGUUCCUGAGCAUCUUAUAAAGUCUUCAGACGAGGGCUUACCUAAUUUUGAAAAUCCUGAAGACAAUAUGGGUAUCUCUUUGAAAAAGCCCGAGGGCGUCCCAGGCCGAUCAUGGCCAGCUGUAAGUUUUGUUUCCCCAGGGCUACCUGAUAUCAUUAGUGAAAUAACAAACUAACUUUUGAAAGAUUGCCAUUGGAAUGUUCGUUGCCUUUGGUGGUAUUCUAUUUGGUUAUGAUACCGGAACCAUUGGAGGAAUCCUCGCCAUGGAUUACUGGAAGAGACAAUUCUCGACCGGUUAUGAAGUGGGAGGUGUACCAGACAUUACUGCAGCUCAAACCUCCGAGAUUGUAUCCAUUCUCUCAGCUGGAACUUUCUUUGGUGCUCUUUUCGCAGCCCCAAUUGCUGAUUGGAUUGGCCGAAGAUGGGCUUUGAUUUUUUCAGCUGGUAUUGUUUUCAACCUCGGUGUUAUUCUUCAAACAGCAUCAACCCAGAUUCCAAUGUUCGUUGCUGGGAGAUUCUUUGCUGGUCUCGGUGUGGGGUUGAUUUCAGCUCUGAGUAAGCUUUCCAAGAUCUUGUUCCCGCUGCCAAUCCUUGGCUAACACAUAUUUUUAGUUCCACUUUAUCAAUCUGAGACUGCACCCAAAUGGAUCCGAGGUGUCAUUGUCGGAAGUUAUCAGCUUGCUAUUACAAUUGGUCUUUUGCUGGCUGCAGUUGUUGACAAUGCCACCAAAGACCGAGCUGAUUCGGGCUCAUACCGCAUCCCCAUCGCGGUUCAAUUCGCCUGGUCAUUGAUCUUGGUCAUUGGAAUGUUGCUUUUACCCGAGACUCCUCGUUUCCUCAUCAAACAGGGCAGAAUGGACAGAGCCAUUUUGUCUCUCGCCAAACUCCGUCGCCUUUCAGGGGAUCAUCCAGCAAUUCGUGAAGAACUUGAUGAAGUUCACGCUAACCAUGAAUAUGAAAUGAGACUUGGCAAGUCCUCCUAUCUCGAUUGUUUCAAAGGAAACAUCGGAAAGAGACUUAUCACUGGAUGCUGCUUACAAGGACUUCAACAACUCACUGGGUAAGUUCUAGAUGGAUCCUUGAAAACAGUCCGAUGAGCAAUUGCUGACUCCCCUCUAGUGUCAACUUUAUCUUCUACUAUGGAACUCAAUACUUCCAAAACUCGGGUAUCAAGAACAGUUUCGUCAUUACCAUGAUUACCAGUGCCAUCAACGUUGGCUCCACCGUACCAGGUCUCUACGCCAUUGACAAGUUUGGACGUCGUCCCCUUCUCCUCUGGGGUGCUGUAGGAAUGUGCGUCUGCCAAUUCCUCGUCGCUGUGCUCGGAACAACCACCACCGGUCAAAACCCAACAGACGGCACAACCUUUGCCCUCAACCUUGCCGCGCAAAAGGCUUCCAUCGCCUUCGUAUGCAUUUACAUUUUCUUCUUCGCCUCAACCUGGGGUCCAAUCGCCUGGGUUGUGACAGGAGAAAUCUUCCCUCUCAAGGUCCGCGCCAAGUGCCUCUCCAUGACCACCGCCACCAACUGGCUUCUCAACUGGGCCAUCGCUUACUCCACCCCCUACCUCGUGAAAUGGGGACCCGGUAACGCCAACCUCCAAAGCAAGAUCUUCUUCAUCUGGUUCGGAUGCUGCUUCAUCUGCAUCGCAUUCGUGUACUUCAUGAUCUACGAGACCAAAGGCCUUACCUUGGAGCAGGUUGAUGAACUUUACCAAGAGGUUACUGUCGCUAGCCAGAGUGUUGGUUGGAAACCUACGACUACCUUCCGUGAGAUUGGAUCUAGUGUUGCUGGACAGGGUGGUGUUGUCUCGGAGAAGACGUCGGCGGAGAAGACGGAGGAUGUUUAUCAGAAGGAUGAGGCUUAGUUACUGUACUGGAUGUGUUUUAUGAUAAUGGGAUUUUUGGAAGUCGGUUGAUACAGGCAACGAUAAUGGGGUGUGAUGUAUUUUGUGGUUUGGU